AGGUUAGACACGUGACACUGUAUGGGGGAUUAGUGCCAAGUCCUGACUACGGCAUAAAAACUAUUUUGAGAAUAGGUCUGUAAACCACACAGCACACAGAGACAGUUAAAACACAGAACGCCGAGGUAUCGAGACGAGACAUACGUAAAAGCUUGACGCACCGAAACUUGACGAAAUUGCGUCAUAAUUUUCGUUGUAACAUUUCGAUAAACAACCAUUCAAAUUAGGUUCAAGUCAUUCAGUUUCACUGAUUAUAUGUGGGGAAAAACACUUGCAUAGCUUCAUGACUCAUAAGAGAGUCGCAUCCGAAUUACUUAUCUGUAUCAUGUAGGGAAUCCUGGCGGAAUUGAAAAUGUGGCGGUGUGUGGAAACGACGCAGCCGAUUUCAUCACCGCCAGACGUAGCGUUCGGAAGGUAGAGUGACAGACCACUCCGUUUGGAAAGGUAGUGUUACUCCAGAGAUCUAUAUAUAAGUCAGUGGUGAAAAAUACAGUCCUUAGGAGAGCAAGGAGUUGUAAGAACGUAUAAUAAAAGUGCGUCAUAUACAAUACUUUUCUUAGAUCACCGGCGAAAACACAGUACCGGAAAGUGCUGCCGUGAAAACCGCCCUACAAAGAUCAUACCGACGCCGCUGAAAAAGCGUGGGUGAUGGCGGGUUCCCGCACCAAGAGCCUGGCCCGGAUAGUGGGCAUAGGCGUGGGCGCGGUGGGCGUGGGCGUCCUGACAGCCUCUUAUUUUAUGGAGGACGACCAGCACACAAAGCGGCAAUUUGCACGAGUAGCUGCAGCUGAGCAUCUGAACCAGAGGCCAAACCGUCCCCUACCAAACAGAGAACAGCAACUCAAAAGUCUUGGAAGUGAGACCUUUGACGUCCUGAUCAUAGGAGGUGGAGCAACAGGAGCAGGAUGCGCCCUGGAUUCUGUGUCCCGGGGAUUAAAGACUGCAUUGGUGGAAAUGGAUGACUUUUCAUCCGGAACUUCCUCUAGGUCGACAAAACUUAUUCACGGAGGAGUGAGAUAUCUACAAAAGGCCAUCUUGGGACUGGAUAUGGAACAAUACAAAAUGGUGAAGGAAGCUCUCCAUGAAAGGGCCAAUCUUCUCGACAUUGCCCCCCACCUCUCAUACCCUCUUCCAAUCAUGUUACCAGUGUACAAAUGGUGGCAGCUUCCAUAUUUUUGGUUCGGCAUUAAGAUGUAUGAUUUAGUUGCAGGCAGUAAGUGUAUCAAAAGUUCCUACGCCAUCAGUAAAGAGCGUGCGUUAGAGCUGUUCCCAAUGCUAAAGAAAGACAAGCUAGUAGGUGCUAUAGUGUACUUCGAUGGCCAACACAAUGACGCUAGGAUGAAUCUCUCUAUAGCCCUCACAGCAACAAGACUGGGCAGUACAAUUGCAAAUCACACCCGAGUACUGAGUUUACUGAGGGAAAAGGACGAAAGUGGGGUUGAGAGAUUGUCUGGUGCUAUAGUGAAAGACGAAGUAACUGGGCGUGAAAUAAAAGUGAAAGCCAAAUGUGUCAUCAAUGCAACGGGACCCUUCACAGAUUCAAUCAGGAAAAUGGACAACCAGGCAACCAAAGAGAUAUGUGCCCCCAGUAUGGGAGUCCACAUCACCCUGCCAGACUAUUAUUCACCCGAGCAAAUGGGUCUUCUGGACCCUAAUACCUCAGAUGGCAGGGUCAUUUUCUUCCUACCAUGGGAAGGGCGUACAAUAGCCGGAACCACUGACACUCCUUGCAGUGUCACACACAAUCCUGCUCCAACGGAGGAUGAUAUCCAGUUCAUUCUACAAGAAGUCAAAAAUUAUCUCAGCCCUGAUGUUGAAGUGAGAAGGGGCGAUGUCUUGUCUGCUUGGUCUGGAAUCAGACCUCUUGUUCAGGAUCCCAAUAAAACAGACACUCAGAGCAUAGCUCGUAACCAUAUAGUUCAUGUCAGUGAAUCAGGUCUAGUAACAAUUGCGGGAGGAAAAUGGACGACUUAUCGCUCAAUGGCUUUAGAAACUAUCGAUGCAGCUAUUCGAGCUUGCAACUUGGAACCAAAACAUCAAGAAUCUCAGACAGACGGCCUUCUCCUUGAAGGAGCACACAGCUGGACUCCAACAAUGUUCAUCAGGCUGGUGCAAGACUUUGGCCUGGAGUCAGAGGUGGCAAAACAUUUAGCUCACACCUAUGGAGACCGAGCAUUUAGUGUUGCAAAGCUCGCUGCUCUUACUGGGAAAAGGUGGCCAAUAGUUGGCCGUCGUUUGCACAGUGAAUUCCCAUAUAUUGAUGCUGAAGUUCGUUAUGCAUGCCGAGAGUAUGCAGCUACUGCAGUUGACAUUAUUGCUCGAAGACUUCGGCUUGCCUUCCUGAAUGCCCAAGCUGCAGAAGAAGCUCUUCCUACUAUUGUUAAUAUAAUGGCUGAAGAACUGAAGUGGUCAGAAGCCGAAAAAAAGAGACAACUAGCGGCUGCUGUUCAGUACCUCCAGCGUGAGAUGGGUCAGAAUGUGAAUCGAGCAUCGAGAGAGAAAAUUCCAAUCAACUUGACAAAGAGCGAAAUAUCCGAGUAUGUCAAACGGUUCAACUCACUGGACACUGACAAGAAGGGUUACAUAUCUCUGAAUGAUCUCAGGGCAUCCCUGAAGACUAAUGGAGAGAGAGUAAGUCUUGACCAACUACACGACAUUUUGAAAGAAGUUGAUGUCCACAAACAUGGUCAAGUUGAAUUUCCGGAUUAUGUCCAGGCCAGGGGCCAAGAUGUCCCUGGAGAAACUCUUCAUGAAAUACUGAAGGAGAUCGAUCUUAAUCUUAAUGGACAGGUGGAAUUUGAUGAAUAUUUACAGAUGAUGGCUGCUAUCAAGGCUGGAUCACUUUCACACUCUCGCUUUGCACAGCUGGCAGAGAUGGCGGAGGAGUAUCAACGAAAGAAAAUCUCUGUUGACAGAAGUGGUGGUGGGCUAUAAUAUACAGUCUCUAGAUAAAAUGUCAGGUUAUACUGUAUAUGAUUAUUUAUUUAUAUGCAGUAAUUUAUUUAUUUAUGGAAAAACUUAUAUAAAUGGAAAUUGUAGACUUUUUAAUGUACAGAAUUCACAGUACUGUAAUAUAUACAUAUGGUUUACCUUAAUAUUGAAGGUUCCCUGCAUUUUCUUCAUCAAAUCAUUAUGAGACUGGCAUUAAGCUUCCAUAACCUAAAUGUAUCUUAAAUAAUUUGGGAAGAAUCCUAAGAACAUCUUUACUGAUUUAUG